AAAGAUCCUCAGCUGUCUGUCUGUUUGUGUCUCAUCUAUAUUUACCAACACGCAAAGAGGCCAAAAUAGAGACACGUAUCACUUACUGCAUCACAAUCACACACACACUCCACGGGGACGACAGACCUGGCAGAAGAAACAGAAGAAGAGUUCAGAGAAACAACAUGUGAGUUUGUCAAGAACAGAAAAAGCAAAAAAUGACAUUAUGUUCUCAUUGUACAUCCAGCUCUUUUAUUUCAAAAGAUCAAUCUAAAUGAAAUUCUCCAUAAUGCGACCCAUUAAAGAAUGAGCACACAGGAAGUUGAGAAACAGGAUGUUGGAUAUGAGACUCCGCCCAUCUGUGACCUUUUGACCCUCCUGCUAAAGAACCGUCGACCCUCCAGCGCCUAUAAUGAGGUCUGGCCCGACAUCUACAUCAGUGAUGCUACGACAGCGAAAGACAAGACACUUCUAAGACAUCUAGGAAUCACUCACGUCAUCAACGCUGCACACGGACCCGCUCACAUCCACACCGGAGCUGAUUUCUACUGGGACACAAACAUAGAGUAUCACGGCGUGGAGGCACCAGACAGCAGACACUUUGACGUCGCACCAUUUUUCUACCCAACAGCCAGUUUCAUUCAUGAAGCUCUGUCACAGCAAAGAGGGGGGAAGGUCUUGGUUCAUUGUGCCAGAGGAGUGAGUCGUUCAGCGACACUAGUUCUGGCGUAUCUGAUGAUAUAUGAAAAACUCACAGUCGCAGAAGCCAUCAAUGCGGUUUGUGCCCAGAGGAACAUUCUACCCAACGCUGGAUUCCUUCAACAGCUACGUCAGCUGGACUCCAACCUCAACCUGCAGAGAAGAGAUGCGAUCUAUUAG